UUGCAAAUAAAAGACAGCUAUUUGGUCAAGUUCAACCAGCUCAAUAGCUUGAAUUCAACGUUGUUAGCCAGGUCAAACGAAUUGAAGAGAAAACAACUAGACUUGCUCAAAUCAAACGAAUCUGAUCGACAAACUUAUAACAACUUGAACAAUAAAGUCAGUGAGUUGAAAGAAAAAGAAAGCUAUUUAAACUCCCAAAAACAACAACAGUUGAAUGAAAUCAACAAACUAAAUAAGGAAAUCGACUCAAUUAAAUCAAAACUAAACGAUUUGAACCAAAAUCAUAAAAAAAAUAGCUCCCUUGAUCUAACUUUGUUGAAUUACUACCAAUCCUUUUUAGGUUUGAAAAUCAAUAGCACUGACAAUGACAUAAUAAGCUUCAUCUUCUUUAACCUAAUUGAAAAUGAUUUGGACCAAAACUUUGCUGUUGUAUUAGAUCUAUCCAACGACAUCAACAAUUCCUAUAAGAUUGUGCAGACCUCCCCAGCAUUGCCUGAGAACGAGCUAGCCGAUAUCCUCUUGGUGCUUAACAAAUCAAGAAACAUUGUGUUGUUUCUCAAGAACAUCAGAAACUUGUUUAUCGAC